UGUUUGUCAGUUAGUGUGGUGGCCGUCCCGGGUGAACAGGUGGGUGACGGCUCCUUCAAUCUUCCUCUUCCAACAACCAAGAAACAAUUCAGUGUUGUUUUCAUUCAGUCAAUUCACUAACAAAACCAAAACCAGUGAUAGAUAACGUGUGUGAGUGUUGCAUCUCUCUUCACCUCAUAAAGGGUUCAACAAAAAACUGAUUAACGACGAGACAACGUGGAGGUGAGGCAGGAUACGACCCCACCAUGACGAACUACAACCGGAAUUCGGACGUCGUGGCAAUGGACAUCAAUUCUCCAGCUCACAUGGUAUCGUUCGGCAAGAAGAGCGGCUGUUUCAUCAGUAAGACCGUCGGCUGGCUGCUGGCUAUCUUCUUCGUCAGCGCCCUCGUUGCUACAGGUCUUCUCGUCUACUUCUACGCCCCUCAUCACAGGAUCAUGGAAGCACCGGUGACGGAUACUGAGAGACUUGAGAUAUUCAGAAAUGCCCCCAACAUAGCCACAACGAAAACCCCAACAACCACAACCAUAAUCACCACAAAAGCUCCGACAACCACCACCACCACAAGCACCACCACUACCAGUAGGCCAACCACAACCACAGAGGCGCCUAAAGAAGAGAAGAUCAACGUGCGUCUCCCUAACACUCUGAAGCCCCUCCACUACCUGGUCAAACUUCAGCCACUCAUCAACGGCAACUUCAGCAUCCUCGGCUACGUGGAGGUGGAGAUGGAGGUGCUGGAACCAACCUCCAACGUCACCCUCCACAUGGCCGACAUCAUCACUAAGAAUGAGACAAUUAAGCUGAGAGACUUAAACAACUUAGAAGGUCCAGAGUUGGUGAUUAAAAAGCACGAAUAUGACCGUGAGCGAGAGUUCUACCUGGCACACCUGGAGGAGGAGCUGCAGCAGGGCCACAAGUACAUCCUCUCCAUGGAGUUCACGGGUCUCCUCAACGACAAGAUGGCCGGCUUCUACAGGUCUUCGUACAGAAACGCUGAAGGCAAUAAGACGUGGCUGGCAGCGACACAGUUCCAGCCGACCAGCGCACGGCGAGCCUUCCCAUGCUUCGACGAGCCUGGACUGAAGGCCACCUUCGAGGUGUACCUGGCCAGACAGGAGAACAUGACCAGCAUCUCCAACAUGCUCAUCAACGAAACUCUCCCUGUGGAAGGUCAGGAGGGGUGGGUGUGGGACCACUAUGACACCACUGUCCCCAUGUCCACCUACCUCGUCGCCUUCGUCGUGUCUGACUUUGCUUACAGAAACGCAACCGACAUCGACCAUGUUCUCUUCAGAGUGUGGGCUAGAGAGGCAGCCCUAGACCAGACGGAGUACUCGAGAAAGAUCGGUCCUGCCAUCCUCACACACUACGAGGACUACUUCAACCAGUCUUACCCACUACCCAAGCAGGACAUGAUCGCCAUCCCGGACUUCUCUGCUGGAGCCAUGGAGAAUUGGGGCCUCAUAACCUACAGGGAAACGGCCAUGCUCUACGACCCAGCAGUGUCCGCCCCAGUCAACCAGUACCGCGUGGCUCUGGUAGUGGCGCACGAGUUGGCCCACCAGUGGUUCGGCAACAUCGUUACGCCGACAUGGUGGACGGACUUGUGGCUGAAUGAAGGCUUUGCUUCCUUUGUCCAGUACAUCGGGAUGGACCACGUUGAGCCAUCAUGGAAGGUGCACGAGCAGUUUAUCCUUGACAAGGUCCAAAAUGUGUUCAGUGAGGAUAGUCUGGAGUCGUCUCACGAGAUCAGCAUCCCAGUCGGUCAUCCUAAUGAAAUCAGUCAGAUUUUCGACGGCAUCUCGUACAACAAAGGAUCGUCUAUCAUCCGGAUGAUGAACCACUUCCUGACGGAGGCCACCUUCAGGAAGGGCGUCAGUGAUUACCUCGACGCCUUUCAGUACGAUACCGCAGAGCAGGACGACCUGUGGCGGCACCUGACGACGGCGGCCCACCAGGACGACACGCUGCCUCAAGACCUCACUGUUAAGACCAUCAUGGACACUUGGACGCUGCAGAUGGGCUACCCCGUCAUCAAGGUGGAGAGGAGCCCAGACGGUACCACGGCUACUGUCUCUCAGGAACGCUUCCUGACAGUGAAGAAAAAUGACUCUGAGGACACACACGACUACAAGUGGUGGGUGCCGCUGACAUACACAGGGGGAGACGACCCCAAUUUCAACGAGACCCGGGCCAAGGUGUGGAUGAAGGACUCUGAGACACACAUCACCAUCCCGUCCCUGCCCACCAAGGACCAGUGGGUCAUCUUCAACCUGCAGGAGACGGGUUACUACAGAGUCAACUACGACCAAGACAACUGGAACCUGUUGAUCCAGCAGCUCCUCACCGACCACCGAGUCAUCAACACCAUCAACAGAGCUCAGAUCAUCGACGACGCCAUGGACCUCGCUCGAGCAGGUCAAAUAAGCUAUGAUGUGGCCCUGGGACUGUACAGUUACCUGGGCAACGAGGUGGAGUAUGUACCCUGGAAGGCCGCUGUCAACAACCUUGCUUACCUACGGAACAUGUUCUAUCGUACUGGGAGUUAUGGCGCCCUCAAAAACUACCUCUUGGAUAUGGUGGUUCAGCUGUACGAUUCAGUUGGGUUCGACAACAGCCUAGACGACCUCCUGCUGGAGCAGUACAAGCGUAACACCGCCGUCGAUUGGGCGUGUAAGCUGGGCCACAAACCUUGCCUCGACAACGUCCUCAACCUCUACCGCCAGUGGAUGUUGAACCCACACAACGAGACCAUAAUCUCACCCAACCUCAAGUCUGUGGUGUACUGCCGGGCGAUGGCAGCUGGAGGAGAAGAGGAGUGGGAGUUCGCCUGGGAUCGUUACCUGAAGAGCAACGUUGGCUCAGAGAAGUCCCGCCUCCUGAGAGCUAUGGGAUGUACCAAUAAACUGUGGCUCCUCUCAAGGUUCUUAGAGAUAGCCUUCAAUACCGAGAGUGGCAUCAGGAAACAGGACUCUCAGUUGGUGUUUAGUUCAGUGGCUUUCAACCCCAUAGGUCGUCCCCUGGCUUUGACUUACCUCAAUAACCACUGGAAGAAGAUUUAUGACUACUUCGGAGGGAAAGCCAAGUCGCACCUGAUUAACUCUGCAAUGUCUAACUUCAACACCGAGCAACAACUUAAAGAGGUGAUGGAUUUCGAGAAGAAACACAGAGACGACCUCGAUGCUGCCUCAAGGAAAGUGCAACAAAUAAUUGAGAGGACGAAGAAUAACAUGGCCUGGAUGGACGCCAAUUAUCAAACUAUUGUCAACUGGCUGGAGCAGAAGGGUUAUAGCUCCAAGCUCAGGAGUGUUUGGGUGGAACCACAACCAUAAAUGAACCAAGAACUCUGCCACCUCAAUAACAAGACACAUCACACUCUCAAGAAGAUUGAAAUUUAAGAAAUGAGGGUUUUAUGGGUGUUGUGAUGCCAGCAAAGACUGGCUCACUAAUAAGAUAUUCUUCUAUUUUUUCCCUCCAUGUCCAAAUUUUCUUGACAUGGGAGAUGAUCAUGUUAGUCCUGAGUCAAGGCAAUCAGGAGAUGGUGGCUUUAGUAUUCUGCAUUCCACUUUUAUCUUCUGUUUCCAUUGUGAGAAUUACAAAAUCUCUCUUUAUCGGCUCAUACAACUGUUUUUUUCGUAUCAUCUCAGCUUUUUACACUUGAUUCUUAAACACUCUAACCUUAAUUAUACCUUAGCUUAUUUCACCUGAUUCUGAACCACCCUAAUCUAACCUACCCUAAUCCUCCCCAGUCUUUAAUCAUCAAGUAAAAUAAGCCAAGGUGGGAUAAUUUUCAGCUAAUAUAUUAUCUUUUCCCUUAAUAUUUUAUACAUAUAUUUCUAUCUUAGGUACUAUAUUCCUCCUUAUUUAAUUACCUGAUCUUCUCCAGGUAAUUCAGGUUAGAUAAUAAUAAAGACGACAUUUUUGCUAAUGUAUUAAUCGUGUAUCCAUAUUAAAUUGCUUAUUAUAUAACACACGGAGAGAAGGAACAUUACAGUAGUGUUCAGUAUUUUUAUUUUAUUUUUUUGUAUAAGAGAAGGUAUCUCCUUUCUUGUUGUAAUAAAUUAGUGCAAAAAAUCUCUCUCUCUGGGUCGGUUGUACGUCGAGACGAUACAACCCAAACUGUAAAUAUAUUGUUGAUAUUAUAUAUUCCUGAUAUUUUA